AUGAACCAGCCGGGAUGUGUUGCGCGUCAGGGAAGCAACACAGACAUUGAUAUUGACAAUCGUUGGGUCGUGCCAUAUUCGCCCCUGCUGAGCAAAACAUACAAUGCUCAUAUUAAUGUUGAGUUCUGCAGUUCUGUGAAGAGCAUCAAAUACAUUUGCAAGUAUGUCCAUAAAGGCAGUGACAUGGUGGUGUUUAGAGUGGAAAAUACCAAUGUGAAUGCUCCUCUAGUAAAUAAAAACGAUGAAAUAACGCUCUACCAAAUAGGUCGGUACAUCAGCUCCAAUGAAGCUGUUUGGCGUAUCUUUAGUUUUCCAAUUCAUGAACGGGAUCCAGCAGUUGUUCAGUUAGCCGUUCAUCUUGAAAAUGGUCAGCGUGUAUAUCUCACGAACGAGACAGCGAUUGAUCGUGCUAUAAAUCCACCAAAAACUACACUUACUGAAUUUUUUGAAUUGUGUAUUCGUGCGGAUGAUUUUGGUGCCUUUGCACGUACUUUACUCUAUUCACAAGUACCACGCUAUUUCACAUGGGCUCAAACAAAACAAUGGAUACCCCGCAAGCAAGGCUCACCAGUUGAUGCAUGCCCCAAUUUAUUCAAAUCAAACGCCUUGAGGCGAGUAUUUACAGUGAAUCCAAGACAGACUGAGUGCUUUUAUCUUCGACUAUUGUUGGUUAAUGUUACUGGCCCAUUGUCAUUUCAAGAUAUACGUAAAGUGAAUAGGCAACAGUAUACAACGUAUAAAGAUGCAUGCCUUGCACUCGGCUUGCUAGAAGAUGACAAUCAGUGGGAAUGUAUGCUUGCUGAAGCAGCAUUGAACUGUACAGCAAUACAAAUUCGUCUACUAUUCGCUAUAGUGUUGACUACAUGUUUUCCAGCCCGAGCAGAGAUAUUGCGGGAUAAUCACAAAGAUUCAAUGACUGAUGAUAUAUUGCAUCAACAUCGUACAAUGAAGCAUUGA